GAGUGUAUUAUAAAGGUAGAGUGAUCGCUGUCACCAGUCUGACAUAACGGUCGUCAUGACCACGUGGACACAAGUCCCGGUGCUCACCACGUCCGAGCAGACCGUGUGGGACAUGAAGCAGCAGCAGUACAGCGGCCAGUGUCUGGUGGUACACCACACUGAUGUACAUACAUCCACCAGUCAGGACAACAACACCUACAAACAGGCCCUACACUGGACUACCAUCGUUUGCUGCGGAGCAAUCAUUCCACUGCUGACCAUCCUCGGUCUCCCUGGCAAAGUCCUCUGCGCCGUCGUCUUCUACAAACAGGGGCUAAGGGAGAGAAUCAACCUCUGUCUCUUCGCCCUGGCAGUCAUCGAUAUAAUCGUUGUCAUUGAUAUCUUCAUAGCCAGCAGUGAACUCCUGUACAGGGAGGUAAUCGGACCCUCCUGGAUCUUCUUGCCGUACGUGUUGGGUAUGAAAGGUUCUGUGUGGGCCUCGCACUUCCUGUCGGCUGUGAUCGCCAGUGAGCGGUGUUUCUGUGUCGUCAGUCCCUUCCACGCCAAGAGGCUGCUCAAGACGUCCACCAUGGCCGCCAUCAUCGUCGUGGGUUGUACCCUGUUGACUGCGGGCAUGUGCGCUAUCGUGGUCCCCAAACAUAUCCCCGCGUGUAGGUUCGAUCCCCUGACUAACAUCACUGACAAUAUCAUCUAUGUAACAUUGUAUUACCUGAAGAACCAGACUAUUAUUGACAUCGUCGACAUCUUCGUCUACGCCACUGCGUUGCCAGGGAUCUUCCUGUCCGUCAUCAUCGUCACCACCGCCAUCACCUCAUCAAGCUUCGAGCAGCUCUCGCCUGGCGUCGAUCAGUGAUGUCCAUCGCAACGACGACGACGACAUCCCCUGAGGGUCAAGGUGACCUGAAGAUGACCCGCAAGGAGGCGAGUGUGACCCGGAUGCUGAUGGCCACGUCUGUCUUGUUCAUCGUGUGCAUCACACCCAACUUCCUGCUGCAGGUGACCACGCUGGUGGUGCCGGACCUCAGCCAGACAGGCCGCUACUACAGUCUGAUAGCCGCCUUCUGGAGGAUUGUGGACAGCUUCUGGAUGUUAUAUUCCUCCUUGACUUUCUUCGUGUAUUUCAAAAUGGGGUCAACGUUCAGGUCAUCGCUUGUAGAUAUGUUUGGUCGUCAGAGGUUAAAAUAAUAGAGAAC